AUGGCUGUAGGCGUUCAAGAGGAGCAGGCGUCUUUCGACACUUGUUCUGCUCUGAUCGGGAGUCCUGACAGGUUUACUCUUGAGGCAGAGAACACGGAUGGCCAUACAGCUUUGGGACUUUCGAUUAUCCGCGGGCAUCUAGCCACAACUCAAAUGCUUCUCGAUCAGCGCUAUUGGUCCAUGCCUCGAUCGUCGCUUGACAAAGCGCUUCUCUUGGCUGCAUCCACCCUAGAGGAACAGAAGUCUUGUGGCAUCUGUUCAGCUCUGAUCAAAUAUGGAGCGAAGCUUGAUGAAAUGAACGUGGAGGGUGAUACAGCACUCCACGUCGCUGCUUACCGCGGACAUGUUGCGACAGUCAAGCUGCUUCUUGAUAAACAUCCGAAGCGUGGUAGAGAACCUCACGUAGAAAACAAAAAGGGAGCAACCCCAAGCUCUCUUGCUUGUCAUUACGGUCAUUUGACGACAUUGGUAGCUCUUGACGAACAUCAUAGUCAUUACCAUGCUCCGUUUGCCCUGAAAGAAUGUCACAAGUUAAUGGAAAUUGCCUCCUUCAAUCAUCAUGAUGAGAUCGUCAAAUAUCUCUUCAAGAAGUACCCUUAUCUUCACCUCAGUCGCAUACUUCUUGAUAGGAUUCCCCAGGCAGAGUCAAAAUCAGAGACAAGGUCCGAAGAGUUCUUGAAAGUUCUAUCGUCCACAGAGAAUCUGCGAAUAGGAGCGGAAAUCUUGGAAUUGGUUAUCAGAUCACGGGAGUUCCGGCAUCUUUUCAAGGAGCUGUUGAAGUCUCCCAAGUUGCAGACUUCUACAUUUGACUGGUAUUGCCUGGUCUCGAAGAUCAAGGGCGAUGCGCUACUACUGGCAGACCUUGAUGAAGAGACCAAGGAUGCCAUUGAAGGAUUCAAGCAAACCAGCCAUCUGUUUUCUAUCGGAGACUUGGGUCUACUGGGAAACGAGCCAUCGACACCCUCUAGUCCCUCAUGGUCCGACACUUUGCCGGCACCUCGUCCCUAG